GGCGCCUCAGUAUCGUCGCGUCCAUCGAGGGAGUCGGUUCGCGACGAGUACGGUUUCUCCUCUUGAUACGGAACAAAAGCUCGACCGGGGUCGUUUGCGAUUCUCUACGACGAAAAUUCGGUUCGGUUCGCGGCAAGGUCACUCGUUGUAUAAUCCGUCUUUCGCAUCGUUGGACGCGUAAUUAUUCGUUCGUACAGUCAUGAUAAUACCGCGUUCCUUCGACGACGAGGGCUAGCCUUGCCCUUGAAACGCCAGCCGGAGUUUCGAGUGGCCGACACAGCGUAACGCGCACGACGACGUUCCACCAGCUGUGCGCCGGAAUCGCGGCCCGCGUGUGUGUUGUGUUCGACGUUUUUCUCUUGUUUCUUUCUCUCUAUUCGUGCUAGUCCCCCUCUUAUUUCCUAUCGUUCGCCGUUCUCCGUGAUUAUCGUGACAAAGGAAGAUCCCGUCGAAAAUAUAGUCUUGUGUUCCUUCCUUCCUUUCUUCCUUCUAUGCGUUUAUCCUUGUUGGGUUUUGUUUUGGUGUUUAUUGGUGAGAAUCUACCGGGACGAUAGGAACAAAGGGACGGAGCGAACGGCUGUGAAAGAGCAACGCAGACGGACAGAGUGUGAGAGAGACAUCGUGGUGUAUCGAUUGAGAGUGGAGCUUGCAGUUGACCGAGUACCGUGGUAGUGCACGGAGGAAACGCACCGUCUUGGAUAAGCCACCGCAUAUCAGAGGAAGAGAUUCUGCGCCAGUUUAAAUAUCGGAAAAUCCCGAAGGAAUUGAAGCUGACAGUACGGCACCAGUUGAAAUGAAACUGGCGCGCGAGACAGUGGAAAAAGAUCGCCGAUAUUUCUGAAAAGCUCUACUUGCAUUCGUAAAGCACGGACUUUUCUUCUGCGAAAAACAGGAGCAAAAGGAGAGCAGAGACGGGACGAGAAGAGCUGGGAAUUCGAAAAGACGACGCAGAGAACGGGUGUACCGACGUGUCGCAGGGUGUCGUAGAAUGCAGCGAUACGAAGCGCGGUGCUCGUCCGCGACGAGGCGAUGAGAAGGCUGAAUGGAGGCCGAGGAAGCCUCAGAGCCCCCUGGGGCUCCGACCAAUGUUCCCUCGUCAGAGUACAGCGAGAUGAACCGUAGUGGCGCACCACAGCCAAUCUAAACUGUCACCUGUUUCAAUUACUCUUGCAAUCUGCACCAAGAACCACGAUUAAAGACACGACAAAUAAAUAAAUACCAUCAUCAACCAACGAAACACGAGAAAAACUGUAAUACUCUCUUCGGUUCGCUGUUUGAAAAAGGAUCCUGAAGAAUUUAUAUACCUGAACACGAGAUAUAAACCAACGCAAUUAGCCUAGGCAAUUCUAAAGACGUACUUCAUCGGUGACACGGCCUCUCUUUGUUUCCUAUCUAGACGCACAAGUUGCUUCAAAUCGACAGAAUUGUGUUUAGUAGAAACGUAGACCUCGCGGAGAAGGUCCGUUGAAAGAACACUGUGCAACGAAAGAUUAAUUACCGAUCGUCCGGUUUAUCGACUAACUAUAAACGGGAAGAAUUAUUGCAAGAGGAUGGCUGCACCAGUGAUAGAGAAGAAGCGGUUCUUCUGCCGCGAAUGGGCGUUCACCAAACUGUCCCACUGCUUGGAACAGAGGCCAGCCUCGAAGACGUGUGGCGUUUUGGUCGUUGGUGGCCCAGGAAGUGGAAAGACCGCGUUCAGUGCAGAAUUAGCCUGGCCAUCGGCUGGUGCCAAUGCUAGACAUCAGAGAUCCUUAAACAGGAGAUUGUUGGCCAGGCACUUUUGCCAGGCUAGAAGCGAGGCUUCGUUGUCACCAGCUCAAUUCGUGAGGUCUCUGGUUGCUCAGCUUCUGCAACCUGGUUCGGAUGGGAUUCAUAGAGUGUCUUCGAGCUCACCGAUACCAGGCAGCGCGACGACAACCAGCAACGCCACGACAGUGCCAUUGACAUCGAGGGAAAUGGUAGCAGAAGCCUACGCGGAGAAGCUUCGAACCGAUCCAGAGAUACAAGCCGCUUUGCAACCGGAUGUCCUCGACAGAGAUCCCGACGACGCUUUAAAGAAAGCACUGCUGUUCCCUCUAUUGGAGUUAGAGCCACCAAAAUGUUGCCUGUUCCUGUUAGUCGACUCGAUCGACGAGGGACAGACUCUGGAUCUUCCUCAAACUGGCACCAGAGACUCGAGAAGGGAGAAUGAUAACGUCAGUAGGACGAUCGCUGAAUUAUUGGCUAAUCAUCAUCACCUAUUCCCUCAAUGGUUGCUUCUGGUUUGUACUGCUCGACGUCAGAGCAAACCCAUCUCACGGAUGUUCAGCGGCUUCCGGAAGAUCCCUCUAGACGAUCUAAGGAAGUCCUUGGUGGUGAGAGACAUCCAGCAGUAUAUCCUGGCACGGUUGGAUCAAGAAGACGCGCUCAGGCAGCACAUCUCGCGCGACACAGCCGAGAUGCUGAACCAGCUGCACAUCAAGAGCAACGGCUGUUUCCUCUAUCUAGAAAAAGUUCUCGACGGAGUAGCCGAGAACUUCAUCGUUCUACGCGAGGUUCGCGAGAUACCAGGCACCUUGAACGGUCUCUACCUAUGGCUGUGUCAAAGGCUCUUCAGUCGAAAGCAAUUUGCCAAAGUCCAACCUCUACUGAACGUGAUCUUAGCUGCAAAACUACCCAUCACCCAGGAAAUACUCUACAAAUGCGUGAAAACUGCGUGCACCAACAUCACCAUAGAAGACUUCAAUCGACGUCUCCACCUUCUACGCAGAGUCAUCUCUGUUUCUCGUGCAGGAGCGUUGAUGUUAUUCCAUCAUAGCUUCGCAGAAUGGUUGCUGGACGUGAAACACUGCACGCAGAAGUAUUUGUGCUCCGCUGUGGAAGGUCACGCGAUGCUGGCCGCUUAUUACACCCUUCGCGGACCGGAAUUGAACGCCGAUGAGAUCUGCGUGCUUGGACAACACCUGCAACGGUCCAUAACGAACGUCGCUACCACAAAUUGUAACCUGGACGUGCACACGCUUCAAGUACUCUGGAUGAUAGGCAGCGGAGCACCGAUAGAAGAUUGCUACCUGGACAGCUCAGAGUGCAUCCUCUGGCCCAGGCAGGAAGUGAAGCUGUUGAAACUGUUGAUCGAUGCGGGCGCCAAGCCCUCGGAAAAGGUCGUCGAGGACGAUGCCAGCAAGGAUGCUGUCUCUUCUAGUCAAGUCUCGCAAGACGUAAGCCCUAUGGAUGAAUCUCCCAGCGAGCCAUUAACGGAACUGCUCGGCGAAAGCGGGGACAUCAAUCAAGCUGAUUCUUGCGGACGAACAGUGCUGCACACGCUUGCUGCAGACGGUAAUGCAUCUCUGCUGGAGUUGGCUCUGGCGACAUGUCCUCAGGCAAAACUGGAAGCCACCGAUCGUCACGGUCAAACACCCUUAAAUCUGGCAGCGAGACACGGUUAUGCAGACGUAGUACGAGUUUUGUUGGCUUCAGGGGCCUGUGCGGAUCACGCUGACUGCGACGGAUGGACAGCCCUGAGAGCUGCUGCCUGGGGUGGACAUACUCAGGUAGUCGAAAUGCUGCUGGAGCACGGGGCAAUGGUGGAUUGCGCCGAUUGGGAUCAACGAACCGCGCUCAGAGCAGCCGCAUGGGGUGGCCACGAGGACAUCGUUAAAGCUCUUCUGCAGCACGGCGCCGACGUCAACAGAACCGAUGACGAGGGUAGAACCGCCUUAAUUGCCGCUGCCUACAUGGGUCACAGCGAGAUCGUCGAACACCUUCUAGACUUCGGCGCGGAGAUCGAUCACGCUGAUAACGACGGAAGGACUGCCCUCAGCGUAGCUGCUCUAUGUGUACCCUCCAAUCAUGGCUAUGCAAAAGUGGUUACCAUCCUCUUGGAGAGAGGAGCUGCAGUCGAUCACCAGGAUAAGGAUGGUAUGACACCAUUGUUAGUGGCCGCGUUCGAGGGACACAGAGACGUUUGCGAGUUGUUAUUGGAAUACGAGGCAGAUGUGGAUCAUUGCGAUGCUACGGGGCGCACACCUUUGUGGGCAGCUGCCAGCAUGGGUCAUGGAUCAGUGGUCGCUCUUCUCUUAUUCUGGGGAUGCUACGUUGACAGCAUUGAUAACGAGGGCAGGACCGUUUUGAGCGUUGCUGCUGCCCAAGGCGGCACUGAUGUAGUGAAACAAUUAUUGGACAGAGGCUUGGACGAGCAACACAGGGACAAUUCAGGAUGGACGCCAUUACAUUAUGCGGCAUUCGAAGGGCAUAUCGAUGUUUGCGAAGCAUUACUAGAAGCUGGAGCCAAAAUUGACGAAACUGACAACGAUGGGAAAGGCGCUCUGAUGCUAGCCGCGCAAGAAGGACACGCUGCAUUAGUUGAGAGACUCCUGGAACAACAUAGAGCACCGAUCGAUCAACACGCUCACGAUGGAAAGACGGCUCUAAGACUCGCAGCUUUGGAGGGACAUUAUGACACCGUCAGGGUACUAUUAAGUCACAAUGCAGACGUGAAUGCGAAAGAUGCCGAUGGAAGAAGCACUCUUUAUAUCCUUGCUCUGGAGAACAGACUGGCGAUGGCGCGAUUCUUGCUGGAGCAUGCGCGAGCUGACGUGGAAAGUAGAGACUCAGAAGGUCGAACACCUCUGCAUGUGAGUGCUUGGCAAGGACACGUCGAAAUGGUAGCUUUGUUGCUAACAGAAGGGAGUGCGAGCGUAAACGCCUGUGACAAUGAGAAUAGAACUCCUUUACACUCUGCUGCCUGGCAGGGUCACGCAGCCAUUGUCAGGCUGCUUCUGGAACAUGGAGCAACCCCUGAUCAUACUUGCAACCAAGGCGCAACAGCUCUGGGUAUCGCCGCACAAGAGGGUCAUGAGCACUGCGUACGAGCACUCUUAAAUCACGGUGCUGAUCCCAGUCAUUCUGAUCAUUGUGGCCGAAACGCUAUCAAGGUGGCUGCCAAAAGUGGCCACGAUACCGUGGUCAGGCUACUCGAGGAACAUUCGGCUAAUCAACGAAGUCUGAGGCCUGGUAUCAACGGAGGUGGAAGUAGUAGCGCUACUUCGGUGACAUCAAACUCCACAGCUGAAACGAAACCAUCGUCUGCAAUCUUGAAUCCUCUGUCGACGCAAUACAGUCCAGCAGAGUCACCUGAUUCGACGAAAAGAAGAAGCUGCGUGUCCUUAGGCAACAAUUCCAGCAACAGCAAAUCCAGCAGCAACUUGACUGGUAGCACAAAGAGCGAUCAAGGGAAAUUUAACCAGAACUCGAUGGUGAAUCAGGUAAUAAAAACACCAUUAUCUUUCACGCAACAACUGCAACAAUGCUCGAGGGGAGCGAAGAGUCGUCCGCUCAGCAAGCUUUUGUCACCUCUGAAAAGCGAACCGCAGAGUCCUAUCUACGCUUCGCCGCCUCAUUCGCCGUUAAGCGACAGCCUGAUACCCUACUCGCCGACGAAUACGAGUCCACCUAGUGCCCAGACCGCUGCGAACGUGAUACAGAGUCAGCUUGGAGUAUCGUUGUUGACUGGAAACCAGAAUAUACCAUACAAAGCGCAGAUCGGAGGAUACAAUCACACGUCAGCCAUUUACGAACCGAUCAACAUAAAGACAGAGAUCAUCGACAAAAACGACAUUAGCAAACCGUUUGAAUUAACAAACGAAAUGUUAGGUUUAAGCGUAACAAAGGACAAGAAAAAUGGUCUUGACGAGAAAAGGAACUCUGCUGAUACUCAUUUCACUAGGGACACUCAUAUGAGGAUAAUAUUGGGAAAUAGCGGCGCUGGUGUUGGCAGAAGCGUGAAACAUACCUCUGACCAUACACCUGCCAGUGCAAGCAAUGCAAAACCAAAGCGCAAUGGCUUGGUUUCCAACCCAGCCAUGAGAUUAGUAGCAGGUGUUAGAAACGGAAUUGAAAAUGCAACUAAUAGAAAUAAGCCUAUCACAACACGAGUUAAUGGAUUUCAGUGGAAGGCCGAGGCACGGAAGGAAACACCUUUGUAGGGACAGGUUGUUUUGUCAGAAACACCUCAGCAGGACACCGGAAUCCGUUAUUGCGGCUGGCGAAUCGUAAUCACCAAAAAGCGGAAGUCAAUAAACAAAUUCUUCUCCUUUUAUUUGAGCAAAAUCAAAUUACCUCAUAUGAAAAAGUAAACGAAAAAGAAUAUGAUUUAUAAGAAUUG